AUGGGCAACCGGUUAGCUUGUUGUCGCCAAAAAUGGAUAGAACUCGAUGACGAAGGUGUAGAAGACUGCAAGAACCACUCAUUAUCUCUAGUGUUUGGCCACCAGAAUAACGGGGCUGAUUUUUCCGAAGAGACCAAUGAAUUCAAAAUCUCAAAUCAGGAGCCCUGGGUCAGUAGUGCAUGUAUUAGUGUACCUGCGAAACCUGUCGUUGUAUAUAAUGCAACACAACAUAUAAGUGAACGGGAACCAGAAGACGUUCAGUUUGACCCUUCUCUUAAUGCCUCACAGCAUACACUGUUUCUUUCCGGCAUUACACCUAGAUCUCAAGGCUUUUAUAGGGACCUUACGCCUAAGUCUAGGAAAGAGGUUCCUACAACCUGUUCUCUUAAACGAUGGAGUUCUUGCAGUACUGUCUAUGUUGGAGAUGGCUAUUUGGCUCGUCCUGAUGUAAAUGACAUACUAUCUAGCGUGUCCGUGGCGAUUCAACUUCUUAUUUGCAGUGAUCUGAACAAACAUUUUUCAAAUAUGUUACAGAAACCUACUGUAACUGCAUAUUCUGAUUCACUACAAGAUAUUUAUGAAGAGGUGUAUAAAAACUUCGAUGAACGAGUUUACCCUAUCGAGAAUCUUGUGUGUGAUGUAGACGCAAACACCAGUGUUAUGGAUGAUUGGGAAUCUUCCGCAGCCUAUCAUAUCCAACAGUUUUUGCAUCGUCUUUUCAGCUCAGCUUUGUUAGGACCCGAAUGUGCUAUUGUAGCCCUUAUAUUUCUUGAACGACUUAUACUUGGAGCCGAAGUGGCUAUGAUUUCUUGGACAUGGCGUCGUCAACUUUUAGCUUGCGUUCUUAUUGCCAGUAAAGUGUUAGAUGAUCAAGCUGUAUGGAAUAUUGAUUAUUGCCAAAUUCUCCGGAAUGUUAAUGUUGAGGAUUUGAAUGCUUUAGAACGACACACGUUAAGAUUGUUACAGUUCAAUAUCAAUGUACCAUUUGGAGUGUAUGCCAAGUACUAUUUUGACUUGUUAACCGUUGGUGAAAGUGCUGGAGUUGCAAAUCAAGCUAUUAAACGCAAACGCCUAACACCCGAAAGAGCACGAAAUUUUCGGAUUUUACCCACUAAUUUAGAAAUGUGUACACUAGACAAAGCGUUAUUCGAUAGAGGAUAUCUUUUUGAUUUACCCUCUUUCUUAAAAUCAGAAGCAUUAUGUAAUAAAAAGGAAAAACGAAAAGAUCUAAAAGUUCAAAAAUCGAAAGAAGUUAAAAGUCACAAAGAUGGCAAUCAUCAUAAAAAGUUCAUCAAAACUCCUUUCUUAAGUCGAAACCAGGCAGCUGACUAUGGAAUUAAAUUGUGUAAUCCAAAGCUGGAUCUUAUGUCUGAUCAUGUAUCAAUCCCUGCUAAUAAGAAUCAUCAGUCUUCCAACAGUGUAACUAUAAAUGAGUCGUUAGUCCCAAUCCAGCUGGAUGAAGAAACUGAUUUUGUGAAUUCCACUCCUCCCAAUUUAUCAAAAGUUAAAGAUUUUACUUGUCGACCGAAACAGUCAAAAACAAAGCACUCUUACACAAAUCAAGAAUUUUCUAACCACUUUCAUCCAUUAUUAUUAUCCAAUUAUCAAAGGAAAACAGUUCCUUCCAAGAAGUAUUUGACCAAUCCCUCUCGCAAGCCAUCCGAAACUUCAACUUGUAUCCGGGACUUCAAUCCACCUUGUUCUUUAGAUGAAACAGUAGAUGUAAAUUCCAAUGUAACUGAUUCUCGUAUAGGAACAGAGUUUAUACGAUCUCUUAUGGGUGGUGACUUUGUGAGUUGCGUUGGUUGUCCCCGCGAUUACCGUUUUUCACUGAAAAUGAGUGAAUUAGAUCAGCUACGGCAAGAAAGUGAACAACUCAAAAAUAUGAUUAGAGAGGCUCGCAAAGCUGCAGCUGAUACUACGCUACUUCAGGCAUCUAGCAAUGUGGAGCCUGUAGGACGAAUUCAGUUACGUACUCGUCGUACUUUACGGGGCCAUUUAGCUAAAAUUUAUGCUAUGCAUUGGAGUACUGAUUCACGCAAUCUUGUAUCUGCUUCACAAGAUGGCAAACUUAUUGUAUGGGAUGGGUAUACUACCAAUAAGGUUCAUGCUAUUCCACUAAGAAGUAGUUGGGUUAUGACCUGUGCCUAUGCACCUUCCGGUAACUAUGUUGCAUGCGGUGGUUUGGACAAUAUUUGUUCCAUUUACAAUCUCAAAACACGUGAAGGAAAUGUACGUGUUAGCCGUGAGCUUCCUGGACACACAGGGUACCUAUCAUGUUGUCGCUUUCUCGAUGACAGUCAAAUUGUGACAAGUUCUGGUGAUGUAACUUGUGGACUUUGGGAUAUUGAAACUGGUCAACAAGUUGCUACUUUCACAGGUCAUACAGGCGAUGUAAUGAGCCUUAGUUUAGCACCUGAUCUGCGGACAUUUGUAUCAGGUGCUUGUGAUGCAUCUGCAAAACUUUGGGAUAUACGUGACGGUCAGUGUAAACAAACAUUCACUGGACAUGAAUCGGAUAUCAAUGCUAUUAUAUUCUUUCCGAGUGGUUUGGCUUUUGCAACUGGUAGCGAUGAUGCAACCUGUCGAUUCUUUGAUAUUAGAGCUGAUCAAGAAAUUGGAAUGUUUAGUCAUGAUAAUAUUAUUUGUGGAAUAACAAGUGUGGCUUUCAGUAAAAGUGGACGAUUACUGCUUGGUGGAUAUGAUGAUUUUAAUUGCAAUAUAUGGGAUACACUUAAACAAGAACGUGCUGGUAUCUUAGCUGGACAUGAUAACCGUGUUAGUUGUUUAGGUGUGUCCGAGGAUGGUAUGGCAGUUUGCACAGGAUCAUGGGAUAGUUUCUUACGAAUAUGGAACUGA